CUCACACACAAUUCAACGAGUUUAGUACAAACUAAAGUUAUUGGUCUCUUGUGGUCUCUAAAAUAAACAAACUCCUCAAAAUGAAAUUAUUCCUCGUCGCAUUUGCAUUAAUUGCCACCGCAGCGGCAGAUGUCAGCCAUUUGAAUCGCGAGUACUUGCCACCUGUGCAACCUGGCCACCAUGGCGCUAGUUCUCACUAUAGCGCUGUUGGUGGUUCCGCCGGCUUUGGUUCAAGCGGCAGUUCUCACUUCGGUGCUCCUAGUGGUUCCGUCAGCUCAAGCGGAAGUUUCGGUGCUAUUGGUGGUAGCGCUAACUUCGGUAUAAGCUCUGGCGCCAGCGCCGGCCACAGCGGUUCAGUAUCCUACAGCAGUCAGCAACCCAGCCACGAUAACGGGCAUGGACAACAAUCGGAAACAGUGCACGUCAGUUAUGACAGCGCACCAGUAGCACCACAACCUGCCCCAGCACCAGAGCAAGAGCCAGAACCCAUAGCAGCCGCACCAGUCGAAGAUGACGCCGCCGUCUCAUAUGGCUCAUAUGGUCAGGAUGAAGUGCAACAACAAUACGAAGGCGCUGCCGAGGUAGAACAGCAACAAUUGGAUGCUGGUGUUAGUAUUGCCAAUGAUGACGCCGGUGUCGCCUUUGGUGGCAGCUACGAUUUGAGCAGCCAAGAUGCUGGCGUACAAUAUUUCGACCACAACACCCUGUUGACCGACAGCUAUGGCAACAAUGUGGGCGCUCACGAAUCUCAUGUGAGCCUGGCGGCAGCACAAGGUCCCGCUAUCCGCUCGCCUCAGCCUGCAUCAUUCUCACACGCCGCUUCGCAUGACGUGGUGCAACAGUAUGUGAGUGCUGGUGCCGGUGCCGGUGCCGGCACUUCGUCUGGCGUGGAGACACAAUAUGGCUCCAAUGGUGGUUAUAUCUAUUAAAUUUAGUUAUUAGAAAUAUGGAAAUUCGAGCUUUGUAAUACGGUAGUUUGUUAAGCGAGAGGGAAAAGAAUUAAAUAACAUUUGUUAACAAUA